AUGAAAGGAUCUCAAUCGGCUUACAAGACCUAUGCUCGCUCAUUGAAGAAGAGCAAUCGCAGAUCGAAGGAUUCCCCAAACUUCAAUAAGGCAGAAACACAAUACGCAAAACCUUCUCACUUUUUUUCCGUUUUGCUUUCUUCACAUUCUCAUGAUUAUUUUUAUUGUCUUCUCUGGCAGAUUGCGAACAAGGGCUUGGAUGGAGCAUUUACAUCCACCUCUGAAGCUCCUAUGGAUUCUUCUCCAAUCUCCGAAAUAUCAUAUACUAAUAGCAGUGAAGAUGUUACGAUAUCGUUGGUGGAAGAAGGUUUGCCAGAAACCUUGCUUCCAUUUGAUAUAAUGCCGCCUGAAAAGAUCAUUGAGGAAGUAGGAAUUGGUUCUAUUAAAUGUUGGGAUGCCUAUGAAAUGGACAGCGCCAUGUCUACUUUCAUAGAGUCAGAGAUUCCAGCUGAUCUCAGAAAUGCCAAACCUAAGGUCUUCAACUCACACGAUCCUAUACCUCAACAUAAGAUGCUUGUGGAUGAAAUAACCAAGUAUGUAAUAGAAGAUAUUUAUGUGAAUACUGUGCCAGAGGACUUCGAUCUGUCUUAUCGAGUGCAGUCUGCAAAAAAUGGAAAGGUGUUUCUAUGUUUCUGCAUUUGGCUUAUUGGAGUAUUAGCUAUAUUCUUCACUUCUGAUAUUCAUUGUCCUUACAACGGACCAACUUGA